CUUAGACUGCUUGAUGUGCAGAUGUAGAAAAUUUGCAGUUCAUGAUAAUAACUGUAACAGUGACAUGCCUUACUAACUGAGAGAAUGGAAGAUUCAGCGCCCCAGUCAAAGAAAACUACAAAAAGAGGAUUUUCAGCCCCAGUGAAGACUACUUCAAAUGCAGAACCAAUAAAGAAAUCGAAGAAGAAGGCUAAGGAAGAAGGCAGCAAAAAUACUGAACAUGAAAGUACUGAGAUAAAAAUAACUCACGAUGCUGUUGAUAUCAAAUGCCAGGAAAAGGAAAAACAAGAAAUCUCAAGUAGCAAAAAAGUUACCAAGAAAAGAAAAUCUGAUGGUGAUCAACCUUCUGAGAAAAAAAGCAAAAAGAAGUCUUUGUCAAUAGGUUUGAAAGUACAAGAGCAGCCAGUACAGGAAACAAAUCUUGGCACUGGUGAACAGGACAAUAAAAUAGAGGAGAAGGAUGGGGUGAAAUCUACCACAACAGAAACAAAAGUAGACGGAGGUGAAACUAAAGUGUCGUCACCUGCAACUCAGAUGGAUGAAGAAGAAAUAAGGUCUGCAGAAGCAGAGCAAUCAUUAAAUGAUACAAAGAUUGGUGAAUCCAAAUCAGCUAGUAAGGCCAAUACAGUAAAGAGACCACCCCUUCCUGUUCAUUCCCUGAGUGAUGAGGAGUAUGAAGAAAUCUUCAGGAACGCCAUCAACAGAGUAAUGAACACACCCCUGGAGGAUCUGAUGGCCUCUUCCAAAAAAUCAAAGAGUAGCAGUGAAUCAACUCUACCUCCACCCAAAGAGAAGAUUAACAAACAGAACAUAACGGAACUUAAAAAAGUCAAGCACCAAGUUAUAAAGAAGAGGCCAGAAUUCAAGUCAGGUCACAGUGCCAAAGCAGUGAAAGAGCAGGACAAUGAGUCCACUCUGAGUAAACAGACAAGUCCUUCAGUAGUUAGUCCCUCUGCUGAUAUGUCGGUAGACAAAAAUGUCAAGUUUACUCCAAGUAAAAAGACGGGUCCUGUAUUAAGCUCAUCCAGUGAUGUGUCGGGGGACCAAGAUAUAGAAUCCACUCAAAAUACACAGAUGAGUGCUUCAGUAGUAAGCCCUGGGAUUGAUAUGUCAGAGGAUAAGAGAAGCUGUAUAGAGGAAGACAAGGAGAACAGACCAAAACAAGUGAAACAGAAAAAUGUCACAGAAAAAAAGGCUCCAAAAUUUUCACAGAAAAACAAGGGGUUAGAGAAAACUAAGAAGAAAGAUAAACCUGGAUUGAAAGUUAAAGUAGGAUCCCCAAACUUACCUCCACAGAAGCCUUCAUUGUGUAAAACCACCCAGUCCUCAACUGUACAGAAGAAAAAGGAUCAGAGUUAUAAGGAUGGAAAGUGUCCUAAAAAGGGGAGGCCACUCGAAGCUAAAGGCUUAACAGAAAAGAAAACAGAAGUUAAGAUGGAUCGUAAACAAAGAAUGAUGGAACGAGAUAUCCUUCAGUAUGGUACCUGGGUGCAGUGUUGUAACAAAUCCUGUAAGAAGUGGAGGUAUCUGUCAGAUGUUAAGGAUCCAUCAGAGCUGCCCGAGGAUUGGUUCUGUAGCAUGAAUAAAGAUGAGGAUUAUAACACCUGUGACGUAGCAGAACAGGAGUACAAUGAAGACGAGCACAUCUACACUACCUACUCAGAGGGAACAGUUGUCUGGGCCAAAAUGGCAGGAUUCCCCUGGUGGCCAGCAAUGAUUGAAAUGGACCCUGACAGUGAAUAUUAUUUUGAACUGGCAAAUCCUGAGAGCAUGUUUCCAAGCCACUAUCAUGUUGUGUUCUUUGAUGAUCGAGUAUCCAGAGCCUGGCUGAGAACCUCCUGUAUUCAGCCAUUCAUUGGAAAAGAAAAUCUGAAUUGUCUACUGCUAUCUAAAAAAAGCAAAAUUCCAAGCUGCAAAGCCGAGAUUGCAGCAGCCAAAGCCAAGGCUAGCCAGGCUUUACAACUAGACAUUCAGGAAAGAGUGAAAACCUACAGCUUCUGUAAGAGAUACAAAGGGAAAUGGGGGAAAGAUGACAACAGUUCACAAGGCCAUGUUCCAGAAAAGAAAUCCUUAAAGAGGAAACAGAAGAAGAAAUCUAGGGUUGGAUGUAAGGAGAGUCAAGUAGAGGUGGUGGAUGAUACAACAGUGGAGGAGCUACUGAACGACCCGAGUUCACUCCUCAAUAGCUUAGAUGAUGUGCUAGACAGCCUGGAGAGUUUCACUGAUGACUCAGACUUUGUGUUGUCAGAUGAGGAGGAAAUAAAGGAUGAUGAAGGCGAGGAUGAGGACAGUGAUCCAGAAGUCCACAGGGAAAGAGAGAGUAGAUCACAGAGAUGUAACACAGCUGUUAGAAAUGUGGAGGUCAAGUCGGAGGAACCUAGCCCCGGUGAUACAGACAGUCAUACAGAGCAUCAGCAGGAGACUGACAAACACACGGACAGGGAGGAGUCCCCCCAACACGGUGUAUGUUCAUCACCUCAUGUACCACUCCAACUGGACCUAGACGUAGGGAGUCCCGAGGCCAGUGAUGAAGACAGUCAACCAGAGUCCCUACAGGCAGACCAGGAGACAGUCUCUAAGGACAAUGUACGUACCGGGACCCACAGGCAGCUCAAACUGGACCCUGAGGUGUUCACCAUGGACAUGGAUUCUGAUGAGCAGAGCCAAGGGGAGAAAAAGACAAGGUGUUCAGAGGUAACUGUUAAACCUGUACCACAGACAGGAAAGCCACCAAAGAAAAAGAAGUUCUGUCCUGUUCAAAAGGUAGCUAAUAAAACUGGUGACCAGGGAGAAUCAGAAGAGGUGAAAUGCUCUAAGGAAGAUUUACCUAACCAGGUUCAUGAGGAUCACACAGAGCAGUCAAAUGAGCUGAGGAAGGAGAACAAAGACAUAAAGCAGGAAGAGGAGGGGGAGUUUGUUUUGUCUGGUCAGAGGGACCCCCAGGAGCAGGCUGUGCCCUGCACUGAGACAGACUUCACACAGUCAGAGGAUCUGGGACAGGAGCUGAGUCUGGAUUUUGAGACGGUCCCCAAACCUCAGUCAGCCAUGUCUGUUUCCAUGGUAAUUCCAGCAAUGGUGGGUGUUAACCAAUCAGAUGAAGACUCUGAUCCUUUUGAAUUAAUAGAGGAAUGAAAUCUUUUUAAGUGCAAAUAGUUCUUAAGGUAUAGUUGAUAUAGAAGGUGCUGAUAUAGUUCAUUGUUUCUGUUCUGUUGUAAAUGUUUUACAAAAAGUUCUAAUAUUUACUGGAACUGGUCUUAAGCAAAUAUCUGUGAUACUCUGUUGAUUGUUUAUCUUCUUGUUAAGGUUUAUUUGUUGGAGAAUAAAUUUACUGC